UACAUUACGGACUAAUAAUAGCAAAUAAAUUUCAUUUGGAAGAAAAACUAGGAUAAGGAUCAUUUGGUUUAAUAUAUCGUACCCAAAAUUUACAAAACAAAUAAAUAUAUGCAAUAAAAUUUGAAAAACGUUCAAAAAAACAAUAAAAUAUGUUAAUACGUGAAAUAAAAGUACUAACAGAAUUAAAAGACGAAAACGGCUUUGCAAGGCUAGUAGCAUAUGGAAAAAUUGAAAAUUAUAGUUACAUAAUAAUGAGUCAUUUAGGCAGAAAUUUAGAAUAAUUAUUGAAAAUUUGUGGAAAUAAAUUUACUUUAUAAACAGCGUUAUAUGUAGCAGAUUAAAUGUUAAGCAGAAUAGAAAUAUUACAUAAUCAUAAUAUUAUUCAUAGAGAUAUAAAACCUGAAAAUUUUGUGAUUGGUUAAUAAGGAAACUAUAAAAAUGUUUAUUUAAUUGACUUCGGUUUAGCAAAAUAUUACAAAGAUAAUGAAAAUAACCAUAUUAAAAUGUGUGAAAAAAAAGGAAUGAUAGGUACUGUUAGAUAUGCAAGUACAAACGCUCAUUUAGGAAAUGAAUAAUCAAGAAGAGAUGAUUUAGAAAGCAUUGGUUAUUUCUUUUUAGUUUCUUUCUAAUGCUUCUUAUAAUUCUGA